AUGAAUGUUCCAGGCACCCAACAGGGAACCUCGGGCUUUGGCCUCACCAUGGCGAUGGCGCCGGGCGGCUCCACAUCGUCUGGCAACGCGCUGGCGGGCGAAAGCACAACCGUGAACGUUGGAGCGAAGCAGCGUCCUGCGGCGGACCUUGCGGAGGAGGAGGUGCUGCAGUACAUUGUCGACAACGUAAACAAAGUACUGUCUCGGAAGUACUCGUUGGUGGAGUUUGACGCCAUUCAGGGCGUUCCCCUGCUUCAGAUCGUCAACGACGUCUUUGGCACUCUGUCGCCGCCGCAGCAAAUGGACCUGGAGGAGGUGCCCAUCGACGAGGCUGCGCCGCGCAUGAUGGAGUUCCUGACAAAAACGCUCGGGUACCGAAUCCCGGCUCUGAUGGCGGACAGUUUUGCGGCUGGUUUCAUGCAGGCCGAGCCGACGAUCGUGUACCCGACGCUUUACUGGGUGCUCUCCAACAUGCCGCAGAACGAGAAGCGCGUGUACCUUGCCCGCUUUCUGCAGCGACUUGACAUCCCAGAGGCGAUGCGGGCGCAGGACGAGGAUGUGCGGGCUCUCUAUCAACAGUAUGAGAGCCUUCGCACGAUGUUUGUUCAGACGCAUCGAAGAGUUGAUGCGCUGCGGACCGCCCACGCAGACCCCGCAGAGGCGCGUCGAAAAGUCACGGCACUUGAGGAGGAACGAGAUCGUCUUCAGGACUACAUUCAGGUGGCGGAGAAAAAACUCAGCGGGGUGCCCGACAAGGAGUCGCUUGUGAAUGCGAGCAAGUCCCUCCGCGCGGCACUGGAGGAGGAGUCGCGGUUGGCUGAAAAACGGGUGGAGCUGCAGCAGUCUCUCAUCUCCGCGGAGCAGCGGGGCACCGAGAUGCAAAAUCGGCUACAGAACCUUCGCCGUGACGCUGCGGAUGGUCGGGUGGACGUCAUUGUGCGCCGCUUGCGAGACGAGAUUCAGACGAACAAGAUGAUUCUCGAGGAGCAGCUUCCAAAAGAGCUUGAGCAGAAGCGCCGGGAGAACGACGAACUGAAUAAGCUGAUUUCUGAACCGCUCGACAUGCAGGCACUCACGACGGAAAACCAAAAGCUCGAUGAGGCGUUAAAGAAACUCCAGCUGCAGGUAAAGGAGCGCCAGAAGCCGGGCGAGGAUGGAAGCACCAUUGCAACCAUCAAACAACAGGUGGAACGGGUUGCAAGGCGCAAGCAGGAGGUACUGGAGAUGCUCACCAGCCUGCAGGCUGACAAUAGUCGCACAUUGAAUGAAAUGCGGGAUAGGGAGAAUCGUAUCAAUCAACUGCGUGAGGCGCAUCAGAUGUUGAAGGGGGAUGAAUUUCGUGCCUUUUCAAAUCAAGUCUUGGCAAAGAAGGCGGCAAGCGAGGGGAUGCGGGCGAAAUUGUCCGAGCUGCGUGUUGAGUGGGGUGUACUCACCUUCACGGAAAACGUCCUCAAGGCGCAGUUUAAUGACCUUGACGCCGAGAUUGGUGACCUUGAACGGAAGCUCGGGCUGCAGGGAUACAGCCGCACAAUGGAGACCCUUAGCAAACUGACACGUGAGAAGGACACCAUCGAGGAACUCAAGGGCAAGACACUUGAGGAGCUCUCACGCGUUGUGCAAGACUUUACCAUGGCAAUUCGUGAGCGCCGAACGAAGCUUGCUCCACUGAUUAAUGAGCUACGGGAGGUGCGUCAUACGGCAUCCGAGGUGGAUCAAGAUUGGCUAUCAAAAAAGUCACAUUACGAGUAUCAAGAGAGCCUGCUUAUGGAGGAUAUCUCAAAGCUGGAGCGCGAUGUGCAGACACUGCGGGACGAAACAAACCUGAACGAAUCCAUCUACCAUCGUCUACAGGCACAACAUACGUUGAUUACCGCCCAAUGGGAUCGUCUGGAGGGGGAGCGCGAGUUUGCGGAGAUUGUGAAGAGCGGCUCCGACAACCCAACUGAAGAGGAACUUGCGCACGCCGCCGCAGCUCCAGGGAGGAGCCGGAAGUGCACGUACUGCGGCAAGACGACCCCGACGAAGGGGUGGCUGCUGUACCACCUAAACAAGGAUCACGGCGUCAAUGUACUGACAGAGAAGGGAUUUGAGCACGCAAUAGAAGACUUGCAGGUCCGUCUGAGGGAGAUGCAGCAGCGACAGCUCGACAUUCACGAGAAUUAUGAAGGGAAUGUUCAGCAGGUGGAGUGGUUCAAUCAUCUGAAGCGCAUCCUGGAGGCAAAGCUACACUCAAUUCAGACCGAGGAGCCACACGGUAGCAGUUCGCUUGACAAGGACAUCCAGCAGGUGAUGGGCACUGCGGGGGCGGGCGGCAACGGUGUAGACAUGCUGGUCUUGACAGGCAACUAG